AUGGCACCGACACCAGCCAUCACAACCAUAACACCCAUCCUAAACACCACCUGCGUCGCCCUCCACACCUUCAAUUUCACAAUCGCCCCUCCUUCCACCACAAAUCUAACAGCAAUCUGCUCCCUCCCACCCCUCAAACCCCCAAAACACAUCUCUUUCUCCCCACUGCUAGUCAUCCCCAUAAUUUGCGGCGUCAAAGUCGAGCGCCUCUUCGCAUACUAUCACGAUCUCGAGCAUGAUGAGAGAUUCAAUAAAGGACCAGGAGGACGGAUUCAAGAUGUCAAGACGGAAGUUAAUGAUGAGGAGAUGACGAGGACGAUUAUUGCGACGGAGGAUUUGACGAAGGAGCCCGGCGCAAGAAAGAUAUCGCGAGGGGAGAGCAUGAGGAUUGAGAGGUCGAGGUCGAGAGGACGUAGUCAGACUGUGAGGCCGUUGCCGCCGCUGGGGAGGGCUGAUCAGAUUCCGAGUUUGCCUCUUGCUGCUGAUAGGAGUGCAUGGCCCGAGGCGCCGAGACCUCCUACGCCACCGUCGCAAUCUGUUGGUGCUAUUGCACCGCCGACACAGACGAUGGUUAGGUUUGAGAUGCCGGCGGGGGUUUGUAGUGGUGCUUGUGGUGAGGUUCCGGAUAUGCCUCCUCCUGCGUAUCAGCGGAGGGAGUAG